AUGACUGAUAGCUCUGAUGAAUCGAAUCAUGACAUGGUUGAUAGCUCUGAUGAAUAUGAAUGGGAGGAUGAUGGGAUUUUCAAGGACGACGUUAAGACUGUUGCUUUUAAGCCAGAAUGGAAUGAAGAAUCUGAAAUACCUGCAGAUUACAUUAGGAGAGAAUACAUGGAGAUCAAAGACAUGGCAAAGAAAUAUGUAGCGCCUUUCCUUCCAGCUAAAUCAUUAAUGAAGUUUCGGGCAGUGUCCAAAGAAUGGAAUCAUUGGAUUGUUAGUCCAUUAUUAUCAUACCAACAAAGUACUUCAUUCUAUAAACUUUCAGGCUAUUUUUAUCAAACAGUGGAUGUUGAUUUUCAAUCUAAUCCUGAUUUUUUGUCUCUGGACCGUUCUGCAAAUGGAGUCCCCAGUCCUUCCCUUGGUUUCUUGCCUGAAAGGGUCAAAGUUCUAAGUUCUAGCAGCGGGUUGCUCCUUUGUCAGGGACGGGAGAAUUAUUAUGUUUGUAAUCCUGUAACCAAAGUUUGGAAACUCAUCCCUUGUCAUCAAUAUUAUCAUGGAUUUGAUCCAUCUGUUGUUCUUGCAUUUGAUCCUCGGGAUAAUAUUGAAUCAUAUUAUCACAUUGUUGCUGCAGUCCCUCUUCUUGGUCAGCCAGUUGUCUUCUUUGAGAUUUACUCGUCUCAAUCAAAUUCUUGGAAGCGCUCGCGCUCUUCUUCAGAAUGUCUUGAGUUAGAAGGUACAAUUCUUAUUGGUGGGGGAUUUUACAUGAAGGGGAUGGCUUACUGGAAUACAACAUCAAAUGAGGUGCUAGCAUUCGAUGUGAAAAAUGAGAUAGCAGCAGUUCUACAUGUGCCUAUUCCACCUGGGAGAUAUGGUGCCUUGACUCAGAUAGAAGAUGAGCUAUGCUAUGUAACUGCUUAUAAUGACGGUGGGGAUGUUUUUGUAUUAGAUAUCUAUGGAGGAAUGUACAUGAGCCUGAAAAACAGUGUAAGCAUAAAUCUUGGACACAAGAAGUCUCGUCGAGCAUUUGAGGAAAUUCCCUUUAUUGAGAACAGUACUGUGUCGUGUAGCGUGCUACCUUGUUUUAACAACGCUGAUGACAUUGUGGUGAUCUACACGAAUGAAAGGAUAUAUCUUUAUCACUUGAGGGAGCAGAAGGUCAAGGCUCUCAGGACUCCACGACAAUUAAAUCCUCAGAGAAGAUUCAUACCUUAUAUAAACAGCCUCGUUAUGUUACAUGAACUGAACAAUUAG